AUCUUCCAGCUCGGCGCCGUCGCCGCCUUUAGCUCCCAUGCGCUCGCCGUUGCCGCCGCCGGCAUGGAGGGAGGCACCGGCCUCAAUGCCCAAGGUGCAACCGCGGGCAUGGUGCAGCAGCAACAGCAGCCAUCGCAGUCAGGCGGCGACUUCAAGGUCACGAAUACCGGUUCCGGGAUCGCCAAGCCCGCGGCCAGGACCGGCGUGGUCCCGGCUCUCGAGAUCGGCGAGGGCUUGCCGCGGGUACUCAAGUACCCCGCAAAGCGGAACCGCGACAGAUACUCGCAAAACGGGCGUCAAACCCUCCCGGGAAUCAAUGAGGAUCCCUUUGGCUUAGCUCGCAAAGCCGAUCAAAAAAGGCUACCUCUGGUGUGGAACUAUAAUAGAAAGUCUGCCCCGCAAUACUACGUCCCUCCUGGUCCCUCGGAGGGCUGGCCUAAGAAAGGGGUUGGGAAGAGUGUUCGCAAGAUCCGCGGCGACAGGCGAGCUACUGUCUCUCCUCAGGCUUUGGAAGCAUACUGA